GUGGCCAAUUUAAUGAUGUUCACUAUCUCCAACGCCCCUGCUAUGCGGUAUAUUGUUUGGAAGCAAGUCUUUGAGACUCUAAGCACUACGCCGCCCGCACAACAGACGAGACCCAGGCUGAUGGAUUUACUUCGACCUGCUAUCCAACAAGAAGAGGCCAUGUGGGCAUACAUGGAAGACCUGGAGGAAUCAAUGUCCGUAGACAGCUUGAGACGACUGGCACCGGGACAGUUGACUUUUCGAAUCCGAGACCUAAUGGGUCUCGAAGAUACAAAUGAAGAUCCAAUGGACACUGUGAGCGCUGCUCAGCCUGACAUGGCCGAGGCGUACUUGGGGCCCAUGAUAGCCAUCCUCCAGUACAUCGCCAACGAUGGGAUUGAGUCCGAAACCGCCGUUCAGCAGACGCUGGCGGUUGAAAUAUUCGAAGAUUUUUGGAAAGGCCUCGUGAGCGACUUGAUGAAAGGCAAGUUAGCCUACGCGAUGAGAGAGCACCUUGGCCUCUUGGAAGGGCACUCGGCGCCUCGGUGA